UGAAAACCGGAUCAUUUUAGAGAAGCAGCAUGGUUUUAGAAUAGGUUAUUCCUGUCUCACAAACUUAUUAGUGGCUCGUGAAAACUGGUGAGCCCUUAAGGACCGGAAGUUACCUGUAGACGUAGUCUAUACUGACUUCAGCAAAGCUUUUGACAAGGUUCCGCACAGCCAGCUCUUAUAUAAGUUAAGAAAUGUCGUGGUUGGAGAGAAUCUAUUGAUGUGAAUAAAAUACCUCCCAGUUGGGCUCCAACAAAGAGUACCAGUGAACUCCAAGCUGUCUAACUGAGAGACUGUGCUCAGCGGAGUGCCUCAGGGUACAGUUUGGGGCCAAUGUCAUUCCUCUUGUACGUAAAUGACCUUCCUCGUUUACUAUCAUCACCAGUCUUGCUAUAUGCUGACAAUGUCAGUAUAUGGAGAGCGAUAAAAAGCAAAGGUGAUAGCUUAGAACUUCAAAACGACCUGGAGAAACUAUCUGAAUGGUCUCAAACUUGGAAGUUGCAGAUAAAUACUUCCAAGUGUAUUGUGAUGCAUAUCGGUCAUCAUGGUACAGAUACAUACAGGAUGAAUAACAUUGAGCUAUCUGUUGUCCAAACAAACAAUGAUUUAGGAAUCACUGUCAGCCAAGACUUAAAGACUACUGCACACUGUCGUGCAAUAGCCGCCAAAGGUUUUAGAGCCUUAUCGUUGAUACGUAGGGCCUUUAACCAUGUCGACGCUAACCUUUCUGACUUUGCAUACAGUAUUCGUGCAUCCCAAACUCGAGUACUACAUACAAGCGGCCAGCCCAUGUCUAUAAAAAGACAGUUAGCUUUUGGAAAAGGUUCACAGAACAGCAACUAAGCCGAUUCCCGGAAUAGCGAAACUCCAAUAUGAUGCUCGACUGGACAAGCUAAACCUAUUCCCGUUGUCAUAUCGAAAAUCUAGAGGUGAUUUGAUUACAGUUUUCAAAUUGCUUAGUGAUAAGUCUGCACCUGAUAUGCCCUCUUUUUUCUUGUCUUCCAAAACAGAG